AUGAGCGCCGUCAACAGUUUUACGAUCCGCAGGAAGCCUGUCGGCAAAGGUAAUACGGUUCUCGAAGCAGACCCCACGGUGGCAGUCUCAGUCAGCACCCACAAGCCCCAAAUCGUCGACGACAUGACGCCUGCAACAGCAACAGGCAGGCCAAGGAGCACAGAGCACAACGGAAAUCCGGAAAACCUGCAUGGAUGGAUUCCCAGAAGUCAGGAAGGUCGGCCAAUAACGGUACAUUCUCCAAGCCGACCGACCACAUCCAGCACAUCGGACAGUUUGAUACCCGAAGAAGACGGCCAGGUUGACGAUGGAAAUCAUCCGCGAAAGGACGUUUCAGAAAAACAACAACACGAGGGCCAUGUGUCAUUCUACUUCAGUCGUUUGUUUCUAGUGGGAAUUGCCACAACUUUUGUCCUCAUGAUCGUUGCCUUGGAGUUGCUAAAUCUCUUUUCCAAGAGAAACAAGGGCUUAGCCCCUGUUGACGAGAGAAAUCAUUACCUUUGGACAUACGGACCUACUUUUGUUCUCACGCUUUUUGUUGCCCUCUGGGGCCAGCUGGAACACCGCACAAAGCACCUUAUGCCCUGGAUGGCAAUGAGCAACGGGCCGGUCGAUGCACCCCAGGGCCUCCUCCUCGACUACAUCACGCCGAUGACGAUCUCUUCGCUUUUCAAAUCCGCCAAGCGGAAGCACUUUCUCGUCACCCUGGGCAUCCUAGGAUCACUGGCCCUGCGCGCUCUCGUCGUCGUCUCCACCGGCCUGUUGUCGGUCGAACAGCAGACCAUGGCGGCGGAUGCAACGAUUACCGUGUUGGACCAGUUCAACCUGAGCCGAAACUUGCGCAUUUUCGCCGUCGACGCCGGAGUCACGAUAUGGGGAGUCCACCACAAAGGCGUGGCGUACCCGCCGGGUACCACAGAAAAAGUUGCUGCCCAGUCGUUCUUGGUUUCUGGAUACGUUUUCGAAGCCGAUUUCGAGAGCUGUUAUGAGUUCUCGUGGGCAUUCCCCCAAGGAAACCUGACAAAACUCUCGCUCGAAAAGGUAGCGUCAGAGCCGGAGCGUGCCGUAUUCGACAGCUACUGCGAGCUGAACGGGGGCGGGUCGAUAUUGCCCGUAUUGAAAGAAGGGCCAAACUUCUUUGUACGGACCAAUACCGUCGACAAGUGUGCCGUCGAGGAGAGGGACGAAGACUCAUCCAGGGUGUACGCGUCGAUAAUCUACAACAUGACGAGCAGUCUCGUGGGUGCCACGACCAUGUUCUGCAAGCCCAAGUACACCCUGACGAGGCGGAACGUCACGAUCGCCUCGAACUCGGGGCAAGCCGGCCGGAUCAUCGCCGUCGACGACGAGAUCCUCGAGCACAUGUCAUUAGAGGGGACCCCGGCUGUCGAUAUCACCAACUUCGUGGUGACGUCCAUCAGUUCGGCGACGCAGCUGCUGAGCCGCAAGCAAGGGGUGCCGUUCUCGACGACCACGCUCUGGUGGUCAGUGAUGAACUUCACCGACCCGCAGCCGACCAGGGCGGACCUCGGCCACGUCUCCAGGUUCCCGGAUCUCUUCCGGCGCGUCUUCAAGACCGUCGCCGCCAUUUCGGUCAAGGAGAGGAGGAUAGACUCGAUCAGCGAAACGGUUCCUGGGGGUCUGAGGCACGAGAGCAACCGGCUGGUCGUCGAGGAGGUGUCGCUUCGAGUCAUGCAGUCCCUCCUGACCCUCCUCGCCGUCAUCAGCUUGGCCUUCUGCUUCUUCCCGCUGACGUCGCUGCCCACCCGGUCGGGCUUCAUGUUGACGCUGGCCUCCAUCCUCAACCACAGCCCCCAGCUCUUACGGGUCCUCGAGAACACUGGGAAAAUGAACAAGCUGUGGUUCAGGCGGCGUCUGUCUAAUUUUCGAUUCUAUCUGCUCCCCGGAAACAACGCGACCCAGGUCACAAUCGGAGUUCAGCCUAAAAAGGCAAGACUUGCAACGCCGUCGUCCAAGGCCGAAGACGCCUCGCCCGAGGAGCAGUGGUGGAAGCCCAUGGCAGCGGGCAUUCCGUAUAAGUCGUCCCUGAUCGCCAUCACGGUCGCCGUCGUCGUCACUCUAGAGGUCUUGCUGCAACAGUCCAUCAAGCACGGGGGCCUGGCAACCGUUUCAACAGACGGAUACACCAAAUACAGCUGGCUCUUCGUGCCCGCUCUCAUCACGGGCGGUCUGGCAUUGGCAUACAACGCGGUAGACACGACGAACAGGCUCCUACACCCCUUCCAACAGCUCCGCGCCGCAAAAGGUCCGAAUUUGCUGGCCAUGCGGUACGAUCCUCUCGGAAAGGUGACGAUGACGGCCACGGCGCACGCGCUCAGGAACCGCUACCUCGCACUCGCUGCCGGCAUGCUCACUUCUCUCCUCGGGCCCUUGUUGACGAUCGCUGCCAGCGGCCUCUUCUCGCCUUCGCUCGUGCCCGGUUCGCAACGAGUGGAGGUGCGGCUCACGGGCUGGUUUGACGUCAGCACCGCUUCUCUAAACGACUCGAUGUAUCUCGGGUCCACUAACACCGAUUCUGUGCUGAGCCAGGCCAUUCUUUUCAACAACGCUUCGUACAUGAAAGGGACGUACGAGACCUUUGUCUUCCCUCAGAUAGAGCUGCCUGCUCAUCUCACUACAUCAACCGGGGGGAACAACGCCUCGACGAACGGGUCGAGCGGGACCAGCAGCCUCGCCGUCCGACUACCUGCUGUCAGGGGCCAACUCAACUGUACCAAAUAUGCAUCUUUCAGAGGACAGCAGUACUACGACCGUAAAGACCCUCUGAGGCAUGCUUACAUGGUCCCCAUCGAUCCGCCUCCAAACUGCGUCGCGCCAAGCCGACCUCAAAAAAUCACCGAUGGCAGGGACCGGAGCAAACUGUUGCUGACAGAGGAGAAAGGCAGCUACCCAAACGAGGGAUCCUUUGCAUGGCAGGCCGAGCGCUGGUGGUCGCGCCCCGUGGACGGCGUAGAAAUCAUUAGACUCGUGGAUCACUGGUCCCCGUUCGACGUGUGCAUGGACGGGAGGCAGCACAUCUUCUUCACCUUCGGGCACCACACGGACCCGACGACCAACGAAGUCCACGUGCUGCACUGCAUGCCCUACCUCGAGUCCGUCACCGUCGACGCCAAGUUCUCGCUGCCGGACCUGGAGAGCCCGCAGGACGCCGCCGACGCGCCGGUCGCGGUCGAAGAGACGGCCAGGACGUGGGACAGCGGCCCCGGCGGGGACAACUCCGUUACGUUCCCGGAUCUCGUCCACGUGAGCUUGGGCUCGAGCGAUGGACCGCGCGUGGACGCAUUCUUCCAGGCGUUGACGACGGGCAAGGACGCCGUGCCGCUCGCCGAGAUCGCGAAUGUCGAGGCGGUCAACGAGACGAUGGCGAAGAUGAACAGGCUCUACCAGAUCCUCGUCGCGCAGUCCGUGAGCGAGCACUUCCGGUCGGGCGUCCCGGGCGACGGAACCGUCCCCAACGGGUUCCUGCCCGUGGUCGACGGAGACAUCAUCGACGUCUCCCGGGUGCGGCUACUGCAGAGUCCCAUCUCGACGCGCAUCCUGGAGGGGCUCCUCUUGACGAUGCUGGCGUGCUCGCUCGUGGUGUUCGCACUCGCGGGCCCGGCGGGAAUUUUGCCCAAGAACCCGGGCAGCAUCGCGAGCCGGAUGAGCCUCCUGGCAAACAGCACGUUGCUGGACCACAUGGACACAGCCGAUGACUUUGGUACAUCAAGGUCUUGCAUCAAGGGCAAGGACGGAGUGACGGUGGUGGAAACGGAGGCGGACAGACAGGAGUUCUUUGGUGAAGACACCCUCAGCUUGGGAUGGUGGCAUUCCGCAGAUGGCGGCAACAGUGGCAGCAGGUACGGCAUCGACAUAGGUCUGGCAGAUAGUAGGCCUCGCUAG